UUUUGUAUAUGUAACUGCAAUAAUCUGCAAGGAUACAUAUACAGUAUGCAGAAAUCUGUUUUGCACUUUGAACCGUCAGCAAAAGCAAUAACCCCAUCCUCAUCAAUAUGUACAUACCCAUAACCCCCAAUAUCCUUACUUCUCAUUCUUGAUCACUAUCAUCAAUCUUCCCUUGUAUAUAUGUAUAUAUGUAUAUAUAUCUAACCACACACACAAAUUCAGACAACAUCUGAGAAACAAUAACAUAGGUACUGAUAUAUAAUAUAAUUAGUUGGUCAAAUAUGUGGGGAAAAAUUUUGGGUAUGAGUUUGGUUCUUGCAGCCCUUCUGGUGGCUUGUAGCGAGGGGAGGGCGGUACGAGGUGGUUUUGUUGGUACGAGGGGCAGCCAGUUUGUCGUCAAUGGGAGGCCUUUCUACUUCAAUGGCUUCAAUUCUUACUGGCUAAUGUACAUGGCAUCGGACCCAUCGACUAGGGUUAAGGUGUCUGAUACGUUUGUGCAAGCUGCCAAGUACGGGAUGAAUGUUGCGAGGACGUGGGCUUUUAGUGACGGUGGCUAUAGGGCUCUCCAGACGGCUCCCGGCUCGUAUAAUGAGGAUAUGUUCAAGGGCUUGGAUUUUGUGGUGUCUGAAGCGAAAAAACAUGGGAUUUAUCUCAUUUUGAGUUUGGUGAACAACUGGGAAGGUUUUGGAGGGAAAAAACAAUAUGUGCAAUGGGCGAGAGAGAGGGGACAAUACUUGAACAAUGAGGAUGAAUUCUUCACAAAUCCUAUUGUCAAAAACUACUACAAAAAUCACAUCAAGGCAGUGCUAAAUAGAGUCAAUACAAUAACUGGGGUAGCUUACAAAGACGAUCCCACCAUAUUUGCAUGGGAGCUCAUGAAUGAACCUCGUUGCCAAUCUGACCUCUCUGGAAAACCUAUUCAGGAUUGGGUGGCGGAAAUGUCAUCAUACCUGAAAUCAAUGGACAAGAACCAUCUCCUAGAAAUCGGGAUGGAAGGGUUCUACGGGGAGUCGAUGCCCGAAAAGAAGCAAAAUAAUCCUGGUUAUGAAGUUGGAACUGAUUUCAUUGCCAAUAAUCGUAUUCCUCAAAUUGACUUUGCUACAAUUCAUCUCUACCCUGAUCAAUGGGUUUCUGGUUCAAAUGACGAGGCUCAAAAUGAAUUCGUCGAGAAAUGGAUCCAAGCACACAUAAACGAUUCAAAAUCAAUCAUCAGGAAGCCAUUAGUGGUGAGUGAGUUCGGCAAGUCUUCAAGGUCAUCGGGGUACACGGUCGAGGCCCGGGAUAGGUACUUUGGGCUGAUAUUCAAUAGGGUGUACGGCUGCGCAAGGAGGCGGGGCCCGUGCGGAGGUGCACUCUUCUGGCAAGUGAUGGCUGAGGGAAUGGAGAAUUGGAGCGAUGGUUAUGAAGUCGUGUUGGAGCAAAGCCCGACUACCGUUGGUGUCAUCAAUCAGCAAUCUCGUCGUAUUUCUUCUCUCAAUCAAUAAUUAAUUACAUUCCAUCUUGGGAAAAUUAAAUAAAUACUAUUGACAUUAUUAUUUAAUUGGCCUAAUAAAUAAUGUAAUGGCCUUUGAGAAUUAUUGUAGAGUAAUGGCAAUAUUGCAAAAAUGAGAAAGUUUUAUAUAA